AUGUGCCACCGCUGCGCCCCGGCCGCCGCCGCCCGCCCGCAGGUGCUGAGGCUCCUCGGCCGGCGGUUCGCGGAGCUGCACGCCGCCGUGCCCGGCCUGCCCCUGGCGAGCUCCAGGGUCCUGCCCGGCAUCGUCCUGCGCAGGGACUUCGCUGUGUACUGCCCGACGGACGGGGAGCUGCGGGCCCUGCUCGUCACCGAGCCCCUGCGGCCCGCCCUGACGGCCCCCGGUGUCGAGUUUGUUGUAGACUCCGAGGGUCAGUAUCAGGCUUCCCUCCGCUGGAUCGCCGAGAGGACAGAAGCCUUGAUGAAACGCUUGCAGAGUAACAACGUUAAGCUGUUACUGUCGAGUGCGAAGCAGGAAGAAGUAGUUAUCUACUAUGCCAAAUUAUACGGUGUGUCUGUGGUAGAGUGCUUAUCGUCGGAAGAAAUGGCCCUUAUCGGUGAAAUCACCGGUGUUUGUCCUUACUCACCUUUCGGUGAUAACAUGGACAGAGAAAUUACCGAAACUGCGGUGGUAACGUUUUGCCGGCCCUUGCUGCUCGUCUCCAAGAGAUGUGUGCACAUUGGCCUCACCAGUGUGUGUGCUUUCCAGCCCCAUUGCCUCAUCCUCUGUGGCCCGGUGGAUGGUGUUAAUGAGCAACAUGCUGCUGCUUUACAAGAGGCAUUCACAAUGCUGCAGCAGCUGUUGAAAACAGUUGAUCACAGGGAGCAAUGGAAAGCAGAAGGUGAAAGCCAGAGCGAAGCCUCAGAUAUUUGCACUUGUCAUUUUUCAGCUACUCAGAAACAACUGAUAAUAGAAAAUACUUGUAAUAGUAACCAGGUUUCUGAAUGUCAGUUGAAAGCACUUAGUGAUGAAACAGAGAGAAGAAUUUUAGACCCUGAUAAAAGUGAUCUGCUGGUCCACAGUCAAAAGAACCACAGCACUCCUGUGUUAGUGGCACAUAACACUCAUACAGUCACUGCAUGUGAGUGCCUGGAUGUUGGCAAAGGUCUAGAGAAAGCAUGUUGCCGUAUAGCUCCAUUUACACAGGAGGAGAGUUGUGCAGGUAUUGCACAGGAUUACGUCAGCUGCCUCAUAGAAGCAGGAUCAGUUUUGCCAGUAGGAGGUUACUUUGAAAUCCUGUUACAUUAUUAUAUUCAGGACUAUGCAAAACAGUGUCAGCAGUCAGAGGUAAUAAUUGUAUCUAACGUGGUUGCUGAUGCUUUGCUAAGUAUUCCCAAGGCCUUGUACCAGAAAGCAGAACAAGAUGGCUUUACCAAAUUCUAUCUUGAAACCAUUAAUUUACUCCGAAAAAAUCAGCCACUGCCUAUACACGAUGAAGGCUUAGAGUCAGUGUAUUGCAAAUACCAGUUGGUCAUUUCAGUUCUUCAUUGUGUUACAGAGCUUCUCUCCAUAGACUUAGUAAUUGGUAUUAGGCAGCCACUCCAAAAAAUUGAGGAUUGUGACUCAGAAGAUGACUCUUGAAAUCAUUAAUAAAGAAUGAUUUUGAA